AAUCCUUCCAGGCGGACACCGGGGCGGGGAGUAGGGGACAUGGGGAAUAUAGGUGGCGUCCGCUGAUGAGAAACACCUACCUAGCACAGGUAAGAAGGGUGGCGGCGAGAGGGAGUGCCCAGCUGCUGCAUUCUUAAAGAGAUGAAGACUUGAGAAAAUACCAAGGAGGGGCCGUUCACAGCCUUUCGGACGCGCCUGGAGCCCCACCCCCGGUCCAAGGAAAAGCCCCUUGGGAGACGGGCCGGAGCUUCAGAAAAAACAGAGAAGAAAAGCGCUCUCACGCCGCUCCACCACCUCCGCCGCGCACUCCUCUGCUGACCUUUCCAGCUAGCGCCCGGUCGCGGCCCUUCUCCCGCCGAGCCCCCUUCCCACCCGGGCAUUCCCGUGCCUCGGCCGGCGACCUGCCCUGGGAGCCCGCUCCAUGGCGGCAGUCGGACCCGUAAGCUCCCCGAGCGGAGCCCUCUGCCGGCUUGUGCUGACCCUCACGAUCUUAAUGUUUGCCUGUGAUGCCUGCAAAAAUGUGAUACUUCAUGUUCCUUCCAAGCUAGAUGCUGAGAAAUUUGUUGGUAGAGUUAACCUGAAAGAGUGCUUUAAAUCUGCAAGUCAAAUUCAUUCAAGUGACCCUGAUUUCCGACUUCUAGAAGAUGGUUCAAUUUAUACAACAAAUGCUAUUGUUUUGCCUUCAGAGAAGAGAAAUUUUACCGUAUUACUUUCCAACACUGAGAACCAAGAAGAAAAGAAAAUAGUUGUCCUUUUAAAGAAUCAAACAAAGGUACUAAAGAAGAGGCAUUCUAAAGAAAAAGCACUCCGACGUUCCAAGAGAAGAUGGGCUCCUAUUCCUUGUUCAAUGCUGGAGAAUUCUUUGGGGCCUUUUCCACUUUUCCUCCAACAGGUUCAAUCUGACACAGCACAAAACUAUACCAUAUACUAUUCCAUAAGAGGACCUGGAGUUGACCAAGAGCCUCUAAAUUUAUUUUAUGUAGAACGAGAUACUGGAAACCUGUAUUGUACUCGUCCUGUAGAUCGUGAGCAGUAUGAAUCUUUUGAGCUAAUUGCCUUUGCAACAACUCCAGAUGGGUAUACUCCAGAACUUCCACUGAGCUUAUUAAUUAAAAUUGAGGAUGAAAAUGAUAACUACCCAAUUUUUACAGAAACAACUUACAUUUUUACCAUUUCUGAAAACUGCAGAGUUGGUUCUACCGUGGGUCAGGUGUGUGCAACUGACAAAGAUGAGCCCGAUACGAUGCACACACGCCUGAGGUACUCCAUCAUUGAGCAGGUGCCGGCACGGCCCACCCCGUUUUCCGUGCAUCCUACCACAGGUGUGCUCACCGUGUCGUCGACUCAGAUAGACAGAGAGGUAAUUGAUAAAUACCAGUUGAAAAUAAAAGUACAAGACAUGGAUGGCCAGUAUUUUGGUUUGCAUACAACUUCAACAUGCAUCAUACAUAUCGAAGAUGCGAAUGACAACCUGCCAACAUUUACCCGUUCUUCUUAUGUGACAUCAGUGGAAGAAAAUACAGUUGAUGUGGAAAUCUUACGUGUUACUGUUGAGGAUAAGGAUUUAGUUAAUACUCCUAAUUGGAGAGCCAACUAUACCAUUUUAAAGGGCAAUGAAAACGGAAAUUUUAAAAUUGUCACAGAUACUAAAACCAAUGAAGGAGUUCUGUGUGUGGUUAAGCCUCUGAAUUAUGAAGAAAGGCAACAGGUGACCCUGCAAAUUGGUGUAGUUAAUGAAGCUCCAUAUUCCAGAGAGUCCAGUUCAAGAUCAGCCAUAAGCAUGGCGACAAUUACUGUGAAUGUAAAAAAUGUGGAUGAGGGCCCCGAGUGUAGCCCUCCAGUACAGACUGUUCGAAUUAGAGAAAAUGUCCCAGUGGGAACAAGAAAUAAUGGAUAUAGAGCAUACAACUCAGAAACAAGAAGUAGCAGUGGCAUAAGGUAUAGGAAAUUAAAUGACCCAAGAGAGUGGGUCACUGUUGAUGAAAAUUCAGGAUCAAUCACAUUACUCAGAAGCCUGGAUAGAGAAGCAGAGACUAUCAGUAAUGGUAUAUAUAAUAUUACAAUCCUCGCAUCAGAUGGAGCUGGGAGAACAUGUACUGGUACCCUGGGAAUUUUACUUGAAGAUGUUAAUGAUAACGGCCCAUUCAUACCGAGACAGACAAUAAUAAUCUGCAGAACCACCAUGUCAUCUGUGGAGAUUGUGGCUGUCGAUCCUGAUGAACCUACAAAUGGCCCACCCUUUGACUUUAGAUUGGAGAGCGUUUCCAAUCCAGACAUACAGAGAAUAUGGAGACUGGCAAGACUGAAUGAUACGGCAGCACGUCUUUCCUAUCAGAAUGAUCUUCCGUUUGGACCAUAUCCAGUACCUGUCAGAGUUACAGACAGACUUGGCCAGUCUCAAGUCACUUUAUUAACUGUUAAUCUAUGUGACUGCAUCACCGAAAAUGACUGCACACCUCAUCCAGGUGCAAGGUCUGGCAGUGGAGAAGUAAUAUUUGGAAAAUGGGCCAUCCUUGCCUUAUUAUUGGGCGUAGCAUUGCUGUUUUGUAUUCUGUUUACUUUAGUCUGUGGGGUUUCUCGGACAGCCAAACAACCAAAAGUAUUUCCUGAUGAUUUAGCCCAGCAGAACUUAAUUGUAUCAAACACCGAAGCUCCUGGAGAUGAUAAAGUGUGUUCCACAAAUGACUUUACAACCCAUGCUGUGGGCAGUUCUGCCCAGGGUAUUGGUGGCAUUAUGGGAUCAGGAGUCAAGACUGGAGGGCAGGAGACCAUUGAAAUGGUGAAAGGAGGACACCAGACCAUGGGGCAUCACCACACCCUGGAUUCCUGCCGGGGAGGACACGUGGAGACAGACAACUGCAGAUACGCUUACUCGGAGUGGCAUAGUUUCACUCAGCCUCGUCUUGGUGAAAAGGUUCAGCUGUGUAAUCAGGAUGUUGAUCAUAAGCAUGCGCAAGACUACGUCCAUUCGUAUAACUAUGAAGGAAAAGGAUCUGUGGCUGGUUCUGUAGGUUGUUGCAGUGAACAACAAGAAGAAGAUGGGCUUGAAUUUUUGGAUCAUUUGGAACCCAAAUUUAGGACAUUAGCAGAAGCAUACAUAAAGAGAUGAGCGUGUUCUAUCUAAUAAGUCUACAAAAGCAAGUGGCUUAUCACUUUUUUUUUACAGUUACAAGCCAGGAUUUUUUAAAACUAAAAGAUGCUGUUUUGGGGGUUUCUUCUCCCACCCCUUAUUUUGAUGGAAGCUCUUUGGCCAAAUGCAUAUUUACAUAAAGACGUUGUAAAUAAGUAUACAAAUUUUCCAAUUUUUACAUAGUUUUUGCUUCCUUGUCUUUGACCCAAAGAGAUCUACAGAUAGAAAAAUUAAGGAAAUCUACAUUGUUGUUUACAUUUACAUUUGGAUAUAAUGACAGCAGUCAGUUUAUAGUGCAAUAAAAUUUAAUUAAUUCAAGUCUAUUUUAUAGACUUCUUGAAGUAUAAUCUACUAGAAGAUUGCAGGGAACUUGCUUUAACAUUAUCUUCAACUAACCAAUUAAUUGAUUGUGUGGUGCUUGAAAACUAUAUACUAUAUAUAUAUAUACACACAUGUAUAUACUGCACUCUUGAUAUUGUUUUAUUCUUGCAAAAUGACCUUUCUUCCUCAUGCAAAGGGACUAUUCCAACCAGGCAUUAACUAUUAAUACAAUUCCAUUUUGGUGAAGUUUAGUUUCUAAGUUUGAUUCCAUAUAGAAAUCCUGCACUGAAUUUAUAUUUCCUUUUUAUGCUGUUGGUGAAAUUUAAGUUUCAAAAAUUAUUUUGGCAUGUAUUUCUACUCUUAGAAGUUUUUGGUCUCUGCAGUGCCAAGUGGCAUCUCCCACUUCUUCCCCUCCCCCUCCCCUCCUCUCCCUUCUCUUCCCCCUUCCCCUCUUGUUCCCUCUCCCCUUUCCCCUCCCACUCCCCCCCACUCCAGCUCUCGCUUCUCCUCCCCCUCCCCCUCCCUCUUACCCCCACCCCUUUCCCUUCCCUUUUUGCUUUCCCUUUCUCUUUCUCUUUCACUCUCAAUUUCUCUCCUUUCAGUCUUUAAAAUGUCCAUGUGGAUUGGAGAAACAAAAUAUUUGUAAAAGCUAUCACUUUUCUUCUCUUAUAAAGUGAAUUAUUUCCUUUUGGUUUUGUGUAAGCAUAUGUAUUCUUGGCUUUUCUUAAAAUCAAUGUAAUUUUAACUUUAGUGUUUCAAAUAUUUUGGUGAUUGUUUCAUUAAGUUCUCAACAAAGAACCUUUAAUUCUGUCAUUGAAACUGUUAGGGUUUUACCAGAAGCAACAUUCUAUCUUAACAAAAGGAAUGAUGAAUUAAAAUUGGGAUGUGGAUAUUUAAUAUAUAAUAGCACAUUUACAGUUCAUAUCUUUAAUGUAAGGAUACAGUUUAUAAAUGCAAAACAGUGAUGGUUUUUGAAAUAAGCUUUGGAAUAAAGGGGAUCUUGAAAGCUAUCAAGGGAUAACUUUUAUAACUUUUCAGAUGAGAUGGCUAGUCAUAUCUAUGUGUUUGUAAUGUUAUUUUUUAAUAUUUGAAGAUUAUAGUUUUUUAAAAAUGUAGAAAUAGGCUAAACCAUUUAAAUUUUGAAAUGAUAAAACAAAAUUAUAAUUAAAGCUAACAAAAAUCCAGAUCACAUUUUAUGGAAGAUUUCAGCUAAUGAACAUUGUAUGUAUAUUAAUCAUAUUGGCUUUUAAAAUAUUUCUAAUGUUUAUGAUUGCCAGUAAUGUGCCUAUCCUGAAUUCCCAAAGACAGAUAAUAACAAUUCUUUUUAAUGAUCAACACUGAGUAAAUUAUUCAGUAACCAGUUUUUUUAAUAGUUUCAUUAUUGCCCAGUCAAAAAUAAGUAUUCCAAAUGUUAUUUUUAAUAAAUUGUAUGCAAAAUUCUUCUGUAAUACUGUUUAUGAUAAAGUCAUUCAAGCAGUUUUACAAAAUUAGUGCGAGUUUGUUACUUAUGUCUGAUAUAAGCUUAAGGGAUUGUACUUUUCUUACUUAAAGAAGUGAGUCUUCUUCAGAAUCCUGUAUUAUGCAUGUUUUAGAACUUUAGAGUUUUAUUUGGAGAGAACUUUGGUUCAUUUUUAUCACAUUUAUAGAAUUAUAUAUAAUUAUAUAAUUUUACUAUUUUAAAGACUGAUGUGAUAUGAUAGUAGUUAAGUUACAUAACUUUUCUGUGUAUUUUUUUCCAUCUUAAAAUGGGGAUAAUAAUAGAACUCAUUUCACAGGGUUGUUGUA